AAGCCGCCUGGCAGCUGCAGGUUGUUGGACAGAAUCCCACAAACGCACAUCAAACAUGGGCAAGAUCAUCUUCUACGAGGAGAGGAACUUCCAGGGUCGCCACUAUGAGUGCAUGAGCGACUGCUCUGACAUGUCCUCCUUCCUGAACAAGUGUCACUCCUGCAAGGUGGAGAGCGGCUGCUUUGUCGUGUACGACCGUCCCAACUUCCUGGGAAAUCAGUAUUUCCUGAGAAGGGGGGAAUAUUCCGACUAUGGGUCUUUUGGGAUGAGUGACUCCAUCCGAUCCUGCCGUUUAAUUCCCCAGCACAGAGGUUCUUUUAGGAUGCGCAUCUUUGAGAGGGAGAACUUCCUUGGUCAAAGCCACGAGCUGUUGGACGACUGUGACAACAUCGUGGACCGAUACCGCAUGUCUGACUGCCAGUCCUGCAGCGUGAUGGACGGCCACUGGCUGAUGUAUGAGCAGCCCCACUACAGAGGCAGGAUGAUGUACAUGAGGCCUGGAGAGUACAGGAGCAUGAGGGAGCUGGGGCACAGCGGCAUGAGGCUCAGCUCUGUCAGGCGCAUUAUGGAUCCCUGCUGAGGCAGAACAGUCACAUGUCCAUGAGUCAAAUAAAACAUACAUCAA